ACUUGGCCGGCGAUCGGUUCAGGACAAAUUGUCACCUUUUGCCCUCCUCAGAGUUUUUCGAUGCGGGGAGCGGCAUGACGGUGGAACCCAUCGAUGAGAGAAAGAUCCCUGACAGCUUCAACCAGUUCAUGGAGAAGCACCAUGCGUCGCCUCGAAUGGAGGCCUCGAUGCAUAACUUGUGGUGCAACGAGAUCUCCGCGUAUUCCCUGAACGAGGAGACCAAAGGCCUCAUUCGCAAGGUCUAUGCAGAAGACUUCCGCCUCGCCUGCAAAUACUUUGGCUACUGCGACGAUCAUGAGAUGUUCUGCCAUGAGAACAUCCCGGAUAUGUGCGGCUCCAAGCCAAAGUGAGCCCAGAUUUCUGGGCCGGAAAAAAACCAUCGCCCAAAUGGGCUGAUUUCAGGCAUGAUGUCAUGCCAAGUUAUGGAUGAAAAGAGCGAGUUGCGACAGUUGCGAGGAAGUCGCUGCUGCAUUUUUGGGCCCC